AUGCCUCAUGGCCAUAGUAGUAAGCUCUGGGUCCGAAGUGGUGACUACUCUAUGGAGGAUGGUCAGGCCAUUUCAGCAGAAGAGAAAGAGAAAACUCCUUUCUUCCCUCUCAUUUGUAGAGCUGAUAUUCAGUGCUCUUCUGUUGCUGAAUCACUUGUCAAAUGUAAGAAUUCUCAACAGCACACCACUGCUUCUGUAAGUGCUCUGUGCAUAAAAUCUGAUGAAGAUGCCAAGAUCCAAGAUGAUGAGAGGUCAUGUACUUUCUGGACGCUGUCCCCAACUAGCAAUUCAUCUUCAACUGUGAGAGAUGAAAUAGCAGUUUCACUGGUACAGUUCAUGCUGCAAAAGUAUAGCAUGAGGCAGCCAAUAACAAAGGAAGAAAUACUAAAGCAUGUAAUUCUACAAAAAGAGGAUGAUUUUCCUGAGAUUCUUAAGAAAGCCUCUGAAGUCAUGGUGCUGGCCUUUGGCAGUGAUAUUAAAGAAACUGAUGCAACCAAACAAAGAUAUGCUCUUGUCAGCAUAAUCAGGCCUAAUGGUGAUGAAAUACUGAAUGGGGAGACAAUCCAGCCCAGGAGUGGCAUCUUGAUGAUCCUGCUGUGUCUGAUCUUUAUGAAUGGCAACUGUGCUAAUGAGGACUAUAUCUGGGAAGUGCUUAGUGUUAUGGGGCUAUAUUCUGGAGUCAAUCACCGCAUCUAUGGAAAUGUCAAGAAGCUCAUCACUAAGGUUUCGUGA